ACGUGACUUCAUUAGAUACACAUACAUAAGAGAGAAAGUGAUAGAAGGAGAAUUCUGGUGGCAGUUGUUUGAUUGAAGCCAUAUGAACUCAGCUAUAUUUCAGGAUACAAAGGAUAUAAAGAGUGAUUGAACAAAACAUUCAUUUGUCUGAUCCUCAUCAUGAACCGUGCUUUUAGCAGGAAGAAAGACAAAACAUGGAUGCAUACCCCUGAAGCUUUAUCAAAACAUUACAUUCCCUACAAUGCCAAGUUUCUCGGCAGUACAGAAGUGGAGCAGCCGAAGGGAACAGAAGUUGUGAGAGAUGCUGUAAGGAAACUUAAGUUUGCGAGACAUAUCAAGAAAUCUGAAGGCCAGAAAAUUCCUAAAGUUGAGUUGCAAAUAUCGAUUUAUGGAGUAAAAAUUCUAGAACCCAAAACAAAGGAAAUCCAACACAAUUGCCAGCUUCAUAGAAUAUCAUUUUGUGCAGAUGAUAAAACUGACAAGAGGAUAUUCACUUUCAUAUGCAAAGAUUCUGAGUCAAAUAAACAUUUGUGCUAUGUAUUUGACAGCGAAAAGUGUGCUGAAGAGAUAACUUUAACAAUUGGUCAAGCAUUUGACCUGGCAUACAGGAAAUUUCUAGAAUCUGGAGGAAAAGAUGUUGAAACAAGAAAACAGAUUGCAGGGUUACAGAAAAGAAUCCAAGACUUAGAAACAGAAAAUAUGGAACUUAAAAAUAAAGUACAAGAUUUGGAAAACCAAUUAAGAAUAACCCAAGUAUCAACAUCGCCAGCAAGCAGUGUAACACCUAAAUCACCCUCCACUGACAUCUUUGAUAUGAUUCCAUUUUCUCCAAUUUCACACCAGUCUUCAAUACCUACUCGCAAUGGCACACAGCCACCUCCGGUACCUAGUAGAUCUGCUGAGAUUAAACGGGACCUCUUUGGAGCAGAGCCUUUCGACCCAUUUAACUGUGGAGCAGGGGAUUUCCCUCCAGAUAUUCAAUCAAAAUUAGAUGAGAUGCAGGAGGGGUUCAAAAUGGGACUAACUCUUGAAGGCACAGUAUUUUGUCUCGACCCAUUAGACAGUAGAUGCUGAUGUCAAGAACAAGAGAUCCUGAUUCAUAUUAAAGUUGUUGAUAUACAUAAAUCAUUCAAUAUUACUUCAAGAUUGGUAUUAUAUAUGUGCCAAUAUAUUUUUAAAUAUAUUUUAACUUUUUGAAAAUUAUUUCAGUAAAAUUUUCUCUCAUUCAGUGUUGAUCUAUAGUGUUUAUUUUUAAUCAUCAUGUAAAGUAUAUCAUCCUUUUAUGUACCUUUGUGUUUCGGUUGUAGAUGAGUUUAUGACUGAAUGACAGAGUAUGCAAAUAACCACUUUGUAUCUGAGUUCUAAAUAAUUAGCACCUUGAUAUUGUGUUUAUUCUCCAGGCUACCAGUUAGCUUUUGAGUCCCGAGUAAUACUUUUUAAAAUUUUGAAGAAAUAUGCAAAUGUCAAACUCAUCACCUUCUAUUUCCAAUAAACAUGUUACCUUUGGUUAGAUGGAUACCAUUUUCUGUAUAAAAUAUUGUUCAUAUCAUUGAGGAAAUAUAAACUUUUAAUAUAAAGCCACCAAGUCACUAAUUAAAUAGUGAAAGAUGGCAUACUUAAGAAGGAGAUAAAUUUAACCCUACCAGUAUCAGAUAUCCAGGCUAAGAAUGAUCUGAACAGACCAAUAACAAGUAUAUAAAUUCCAAUAAUUAAACUAAAUGUAUUUAGAGUAUUUAUAGUAGUAAAUGCAAGAUAAUAAUGUUAGUUAUUAUUAGCUGUACUCUAAAUAUUCAAUUUAUUUGGUAAUGAUAGUGGGAAAAUGAAAAUUUUCUAUUUACAAAAUUAAAAAUAGAAAAUAAAAUUUCACUCGUGUUAAUGAGCUACAUUGCUGUAACAUUUAAAUAUCAUCUGAUAUCAUAUUUCCUAAAGCAACUUUUAGAAUAGAUACUCUCUGUAGUUGCAAUCUAUUACUGAUAUUUAUUUUGCCAAAUGUAUUUCUCGUCAUUAAAUAAGGACCGUCCUCACAUUUCCUCCUUUGAUAAAGGUAUUUUCUCACCAAAGUUUAUUUUGUGAUAAUCCGUUAGUUUUGAUACUUUAAAACUUGUGGCAAAUAUUCUAUAUGAUCUAUCAAUAUUACUUAGCAAAUUUAACUGUAUUUGUUUUGUUGAGUCUUGUUGUUUGUGAAAAUCAAGUUGCUCAAUUUAAUCUUGAACAUGAGCAAUAAAAUCCCCUUGCAUUUCAUUCUCUAUUUGCUUGAGAAUCCUGACCUUUAAAUACACUUGUUUCCUAUACCUUUGCCCAUUGUAUUUAUAAUGUUUUACUUUGUAUUCAGUACAACAGAAAUUGAUGAUCAAAAUUUCUAAUUUGGUUUAUCAUAUAACAAGAAAAAUAAAUUAGGUUAAUGAAAAUGUGGGCUUAGAUUGGGGAUAACACUCAAAAAUAUAUUUUUUUUUUCAUUCAUGGAAAUUUUCUUCUAGUGCUAAAGGUACAUUUAACUAGGAAAAUAUAUCAAAUAUGCUUAUGCAAUGUUAUAUUUGUAUGUAUCUCCAUAAUGUUCAAUGGUAUAUGAGCCUUUUUGUUUGUUUUUGUUAUCUGCUAUAUUGUACCUUAAUUAGAGAGUAGUAUAUGUUUCAUAAAGAAAAGUCUUUCUAAUUUUGUUUGUCAUAUAGUAUUUUGGAAUUUGUAUAAUGAGGAUGUUUAGAAGCCAUAUAAAUGGCUUUUUUUUAAAACAGAUAGAACUUGUAUUUUUAUUGUACUUUAAAAAGCUUUAUGUAAUAGGUAUAUAUUUAGUGGCCAUUUAUUAUCAAUGGUAACACACUCGAGUACUAAGAUGGUAUUUGCACAUUUAAGAUAUGUUACUUUACCAAUUUUUAAUGGUAAUCAAUUCUGCUACUGGCAUGAUCAAAUAGUACAUAAUUGGUUAUUAAUUAUGAACAUUUAUUUCAGCAGUGCAUUUUUUAUGAUGAUCUGUUUGAAAAUUGUAUUUCUAUGUAAACUCAAUGAUAUGUUGAUUUUGCUGAGAAUAAAUGAUUU